GCCGCGCGGUGUGCACUGCAGUUACUGGGCCAGGCGCGCGUGUGUGCUCUUCUCUCUUCCUCGUCGUCCGAUCUCGUCCGUUCUUCUUUGCUUCUUCUUCUUCUUCUUUCUCUCUACGCUGGCCGGGCGUAUCGUCGCGGCCGUUCUCGUCGUCACCAGGUCGGGCAUCCACGAUGCUCCAUCGCGAAUAAUCACCGCGACGCGCGUGUAAAAAGCACUUGCUGGUUGCUGAUCGAGCGUGCGCGCGCGCGCACGCGUGUGUCAUCGGCGACGUGCAAUUAAAUCAGGGCUACGCAGUUCUCGCGAGUGUGCUGUCACCAGUGGCCACCGACAGAUUAUCGGUUCCCGUCGGAGAAGCUGGACCGACUCCGAUUGUCCAGGAUCGAUCAGCCGCGUACCAACGGUCAGUGCCGCGACCGUGGCGCGUAUCCGUCGACGGAACGUCAUCCGCGGGUCAAAACAGUGACGGCGACGUUUCCAUCGGCGAUCGGGAAGAAGAUCGGUCAGUGAAAAGAACCGGUACGCGUCGAUGGACAGUUCGAUAUCGUCCAGCGACGUACGAAGCUACUCGUGGCUGACUAUUCUGUGCGGUUGUCGAGCAACGAUCCUUGGAUUCCCGUCGCGAACAGCUACGCGGGUGAAGUGCUUAGUGAUCUGACAAUAGCAAACUCGAACUCGAACGCGAAGGAAUUCAGAAACAGUGAACACGUGUGAUCGUGUGGAUGAUCCUACGUCUAUCCCAACAGUGAUACACCCAGGACGAACGAGAGGACUAGUCCCGCAACGAUCGGACAAAUCUUCGUGAAUCAAAUGUCGACCGUUCGUAUCUCCAAGUCCAGGACGCCGUGCCCGUAGUCAGUAUCCACGGUCGACCAGCGUGAAAUAGAGGCCCCAAGAUUCGGGCCCCGUACGGCAUUCGCGCGACGGCGGCGGCGGCGACGACGUCGUCGGCGAGUUUGUCCGCGAGAACCGUGGGCUGUGGCGGCGGCAUCGACGUCGCGACUAAGGUGGAGCGUCCGGGCAGCACGACGACGCUCAACUUCACGGACCUGGGGAGCCCAUUCGGGGCGGGCGACCCCUGUCCGUCCAGCACCCCGACCCCGAACAGCAUGUCGGGCGGCGGUGGACCGUCGGUCGGCGGCGGUGGCGGUGCUGGCGGCGGCGGAGGCGGCGGCGGCGGUUCCGACAUGGAGCAGCAUCUUCAUCACACGGGCCUGGGCUCGGUGACACCAGGACCCCAGGGUGGAAACGGCGGCGACAGCACCGCGUCCAGCACCCCGGUAUCCCAAAGCGGCAAGUCCGCGUUCAUCGAGCUGCAGCACAAUAAUCUGUACAAUCCCGCCAGCCUGCGCGGCGGUUACCCCGGCGGGCACAACGUCCCCGGUGCCCAUCAGUUCUCGCACCAGGUUGGCGCGCUGGGCCAUCAGACGUCCGGGCCCGGCAGCGGGAACCAGCAGCACGCAGAGGCAGGAUUCCCCAGUCCCAGGUCCGCGCUAGCCGGAUAUCCGUUCGCGCCCAUGCACCAGCACAACGCCUACGGAUAUCACUUGGGAUCGUACGCGCCCCAGUGCCCCUCGCCGCCCAAGGACGGUGAGUACCCUAACUACCUCUCGCCGCUGGGCGACAAGGGCGGCAGCCUCGUCGACGAGCUCGGCGGCGGUGGCGGCGGUUCCCUGAGGAACGGCAAGGGCAAGAAGAUGAGGAAACCGCGAACAAUCUACAGCAGUCUGCAGCUGCAGCAGCUCAACAGGCGGUUCCAGAGGACGCAGUACCUGGCGCUGCCAGAGAGAGCUGAGCUCGCGGCGAGCCUGGGACUCACGCAAACGCAGGUGAAAAUCUGGUUCCAGAACAGAAGGAGUAAGUACAAGAAGAUGAUGAAGGCUGCCCAGCAAGGCGGCGGUGGCGGCGGUGGGCAGCACGGCAGCCUUCUAGCCGGUGGGACCGCUCUACCCGGAGGACCAUCCCCUCAACCGGGCCAACCCGGAAGUCUCAUGCAAGGAGGAGGCGGAAGUUCCGUGUCGGGCAGUCCGACGACGGGCUACCUCGGAGGCAUGGGCGGUGGUGCAGGGGGUCACACCCCCGGUAGUUCUAGCCCCGGAAGCGAGAUGUCGCCUCAGCACAACGAGAGCCCACCCGCGCCCUCCUGGCCGGGCGAGAUGAAGCACCAUCCGCAUCCUCACGCGCCGCCACACACCCAUCACCACCCCCACACGCCGGGACACCAUCCACCGCCGCCUCCGCCACCGCCACAUCACGCGAGUUACAUGCCACAGUACUCCUGGUACCAGGCGGAUCCUAAUCCCGCACUACUCACGGUGUGGCCGGCGGUUUAACGAAGAUGUCCUUCGAGCUGUGUUCAGGAGGAACCGUUUCUUCGUAGCGCCGCGGACGCGCCAGCGGCCCAGCCCCAAAGUGUGAAUACGUGUAGCACCUGUCGCGAUGGAAUUCGCGUUCGAUGUUAAUAUUGUUUCUAUUCGUUUAACAAGGGAGGCCGGCCGGUCUCCCAUGCGGCCCGUCCGUCGAAGUGAAAGAUUAAUCGCGACGUCGUGACACGUGUCCGCUAGGGAACUAAUAACGAUAAUAGUAAUUUUAGCCUCGCGCGACGAAGCACGCGAGAACGAACGAAACUCGCGGCUCGUUUCCCGAAGGAUCAAAACGUUGACGGAGAGCAAAAAUGGCUCCCGGUCGACGGCAUCAACGGAAACGAGGAGCGUCGACCACGACUCGCGCGAGACAAACCCCUCCUUUCCCACCACCCCGGAGACGCCGGAAGAUCUCGUUCCCAUACCUAGACGUUGCAAUCAUUUCGUCCGUCCUCGCGAUGGAACCAGGACGCGCUCUAUGCUGCCUCUUUUCUCGCGAUCGAGUACAAAUUCAACGAAUACAAAGUCGAUCUUAAAUGGGUUUUUAAUCGCACGACGGCCGGUCACGCUAGGAAACGUAAACAACGGGUCGAUCGAUGGCAAGGAACGAGGCAGCAUCGCUAGAAGUCGAACGAUCGCGAACGAUUACGCACUCCAACGGGACAAUCUCCUUCGUUAAAUGUCAAGAUGGCGGUCGGUCUCUCGAAACCCCGGCGAACGAUUAUCCGGAGAGGACGAGGGAUAUUUUCGCCACCUAGCCCUGCUACCCCGGGGGUCCGUCACGAGACCCGCGUCCCCCCGUCCCCGUUUGCCUUGGUAAAUGUCAAUCGUCGACGACGUUGGAUCGGGUCUUCGGGUCACUUCGCGCUGGAAGCUGGAUCUACGCGGAUCGAACGACGACGAAACGAGCGCCACGGAGAGGCGGAGAACGGAAAAGGGUAACGCGAACACGAACACGAACACGAACACGGGGGGCGACGAGUGGGGGACGCCAUUGCAUAAACUUCGUCGAGCCGUUCCUCGAGGCGGUCGAGGCGGGCAACGAAAUCCUAAUGACAUUUUCGUGAGUCGAAUGAUCUCGGCGAUCACGGUGGCGCGACGUAAUCACCGGGUCCCUCCUGUUCGGAUGGGGCAAUCGACGCGGGGACCCAACUCCGAGAUGGAGACGCGCGCGAAUCGUACGGGAGGAGUGGACACACGAUUCGUAACACGUUCGCACAGGUAGCUUUCUUCGCGGAGUUUCGUAUAUUUCAAAGGGUACGGCGAGGUACCAUAAUUAUUCGUGGUCGCUUUUUUUAACGCAGCCAAUAUCAGGGACUACGCCAACGCCCGAAGGCUCCGCUGAUUUCAACCAAAAUUUCGUCGAGAUUCAUAGAUUUUCAUUUCUAAAAUAUUUAAAUUGCCGAAAGUUUUUGAACUCGUAGAUUAUAGUCCCUUGGUUCGGGACAGAAUUUUUCCGUCUGGCUGAACAUCGAGAGCAUUUUGCUUUAUAUCUUUGUAAUUGUUUCAUCAGUAGAUUCGGUGAGGCUUUUUUGAUGAAAAUGAGUACAAAUACGAUCAGAUUCGAAUCAAUUGUUCAAAUCGCGUGUUGAACGAAAAAUUUUUGAAUUUCAAAAAUAGAAGCGUCUCCGAAUAGGGUUUUGUUUGGGCUCGUUUUAAUUGGGAAAACAUCAUCGAUCCAUCGAUGAUGCUCUCAUAAAGAUAUAAUGAAAAAAUUGAUCUGAAAAAAGUCGUCAUCAAAGGAGGAACAUACAUUUUUGUUACAUAUGGAAAGGUAAAAUUAUUGAAUUGAUAUUUUUGCGCGUAUUAUACGGCGGCGAGUCGUUGUCUUCAAUUUAUUUCAAGCAAUAUCUUAGAGGCACAUCUUUUUCAACGUCCCCUUGCUUCUCAUCACAUUUAGUGUCGCUCAAGAUUUUUAUUAUUUGUGAAUGAAUUGAUUUUUUGUUAACAAGCAGGUUAAAUCGUUUCAAAUUUGCCAACAUCUGACUAGAAUUGCUGCAUUGGUCUACGAGUUAUCGCGGAAACUAAAUUAAAAUACACUAAUUUUGUCUGUAGAAACGAUAAAACGUUCCUAGAAGUUGAUAGUUUGAAAGAACAUUGUCGCAAGAACUUGUACAUAUUUUUCAGUUUUGUUUGAACGAUGACAUGAAAUUUCGAUCCACGUGCCAACUGUUCCUUUAUUAUCUCGCAAGGCUAAAAUAUAUCGUGCGUGCAAUGUGUAAUUAUGUCGAAUCUUCUGCGAAAACUGUAGAACGCGACACCUGUCAACAUUGAAAAUUCUAGUACUCGAUCUCUUUUUGAUUCGAUAAUCGAUCUGUUACAGAAAAAAAUGGAAAAACUAUAUUGAAAUCACUGGGAAGCAAAUGGUUUACUUCGUUCAGUAAAGUCACUAACACUUUUUGAUUAAAAAUGCAAGUUACAUAUAUAUAUUUUUUAAUUUUUUUUCGCAAAGUGUCAACUUGUAUUAAACUAUUAAUAUUCUUAUACGCGUAAGAAAUAUAGAAAUAGGGGUAAAAUUGCUUCCACUCUGUUUUAAAAUGUGUGAACUUCGAUGUACUAAACGAAUCGUUUAAAGGGGUUGAAUUCACGAAGACCUUUCGAUCGAAUUUCAAAUGUGGAAACAUUCUUCGUGUCCACUGCCUCGCUGAUCCGACUGGAACAAAGGUUUCGAUUGAAGAAGUAAUAAUUGUCCUCUGUAGCUUUCAUAAUUCAUAAUUUUGUUCUUUCAAGAUCGACGUAAGAGUGUACCAAACGUACCUAUUUCGUUGAAAUCGAUUAAGUUUCAAACGAAUCGCUUAUCUGCAUCGUAAGGAACUGUGCACAAACCUGAGAACCUAUAAGAAAGAUUUUACAAACUAUAAUUACUGGUUUCCAAGCACGCUGCUGGGUAUCUGCGCAAACGUCAAAUCGGUCAGUUGCGGCAUGGUACACAUUUGCAUGCAUUUCAGGAGUUAUUUCCUUAACCGCGUCUCUUCUAUUUCUUUAUGUAAGUCGCGUAGUAACACUUUCUCUUCGGAGACGAACGCAAGAUUCUGUGAAUUGUUUUGCUUCGGAUACGCAACCUGUGGGAUGCGUUUCAAAAUGAUAAAUUCUUAUGCCCCAGAAACAUUAACGAACGGAUUCGAUGCCCCGUUGUACUCUAAAAAAGAAUUUAAACGCAUUUAACAUAAAUGUUGUUGUAAAUAGUCGUUCGAAACUUACCUUAUGUCGUAAAAAUUAAUAAACGUCGUUGCCAUUUAAAUUCUUUUAAUGAAAACAAAAUUGAUUGAACUGUCUAUUGCAUAAUAUACAAUUUGAAUGCAUUAUUUGAAUCUAAAUUUUAACAUGGAAUUAUUUUUCUCAUUCAAAGAAUACAAACUUUUCUCAGUAAUAGAUGGGUGACAUAAUAAAGAUGAAUACACAAUGUUUUUGGUACCGAAGAGUCGAGAAGACUGCCUCUAGAUGGAAUUCACAUUUACCGAUCAGGAUGAAAGUACAAUUUAUGGACGAAAAAAUAUUCCCUCGCAUCGUGAACAUCACUCAGAGGCGUUCUUUAUAGCUUCUUGCAGUACAUUCGUGCAUGUGCAUCGUUGUCCUUGAAAAUGGCCAGUACGUCGUCUCUGAUAAUGGCCAGUAACAGAAGCCAUAAACGCAAGAAUUUACUGUUCGAUAAUCGUAUAACAGCGUUGCACUAUCGUAUGCUUCACAAUUAUCGUUCAAACAGUAGUAUCAAUUAUAGUUGUACGAAUUAUUACGCACGAAAUUUCUAGAAAGUUUAAUCAAAGUUCUAAUGGUUUUUCUUUUUCGAGUAAAAUGGCGCCCGUUGCGUCAGAAGCGCCACGCUGUCGCAAAGGAAUGCACUCGAUUUCAAAAUGGUGGCAAAAAAUCGCAGGUAUCGUCGAUCUGGAAAUUAUGUUUCGCUUUGGUAAUCGUUAAACAAAUUAACUUUCGAAACGUGUAAUAUUUUCUGGGUCUAAUGAUAGUCGAGUGGCGGACGAGUUAGGAUAAAAUUCCGUUUGGGGCACGCAUCAUCCACUACGGAGCGCUCCGGGGUAUCCGUGAAACCUUUCGUGUUUUACGCUGUUUUUACUGUUUUCCCGUCGGCCAUGCUGCGUCACCUUUGCCAUCUUGCAUCCCGCGAGCGUCAGCUAGCUUUCAAAGAGACGCCACGAAACCGCAAAAAAGACGGUUGCGGUUUGCGACCACGGGAAACUGGGAGGGCCAGCGAGCCCCACCGCUGACCCAAAUCCUUCAGCGUGUCGGUGCAACAAUGGUCGUCUCAUGAGAACGCGGUCUCGCGCGGUCCCUCCACUUCCUGAUUCUGCCCUCUUUCACGAAACCCGCGGAAACUAAGUACGUCUAAAGGAUUCCUUUCGAAAGGACGUUCUUUCUCGACCGGAAUCACCAUUUUCUAAACGAGCAUCAGAAAUUGGUCUGCAUUCGUUUAACAACCGGAGUCACAGAGUCAGAGACACAGAUGACGAAACGACAAUUUACUCGUCACGUUUUCUCGAUAGAACAAUCCGCUGCCCCUUAUCCCACAUUUUUAUCUAGAUUGAGAUUUUACCAUUCACGGUACGAUUGGAUCGUUUACAAUAAUUUUGUGCGCAUUAAGAUCGAAGAGGUUAACUUUUGCGAGGGUAUACAAUUUUUUUUAGUAUUUUUUUCUGUGGAAAGAGACCUUCGUGAAUGUCGUUCCAUAGAACUGUCUGAACGAUAAUUAUGAAUUUUGUAGCCCACUGGGAAAUUUCAAAAUACAAGUUUUUGAACGUUAUCGAGGAUCGACGAAGUUGCGUUCCGGUACUUCCCCCGAGUUCUAUCAAAAUGACGAAGCACUCCGUGGUAGGUAGGCUCAGGAAUUAAAGAAUUGGUUAACUAGGGGAUGAUGAGAACCCAAUCGAGUUUUUAUUUAACCCUUUAUAACCCAAAUUAUACGAACACCAAUGACGUGGUAUAAAUUGAAAAAUAAAUAUUAGCAAAUACAAUUCUCCAAGUGGUACCCAAUAUAAAAAAUCAUUCGAUCCUACUUUAACAAAAGUAGUUAAUUUUUCCUAUAAUCCAAAUUAUACGACGACCAAUAACGUGGUGUAAAGUGAAAAAUAAAUUUUAACAAAUACAACCCUUCAAGUGGUACCCAAUAUAAAAAAUCAUUCGAUUCUACUUUAACUAAAUUCUAUAAUAGGGUAAAUUUUUGUUGAUUUAUAAAAACAAGAACUGUAUUCCUACAAUAUAUUCUGACUGACCCUAUCCCAGACCUAACCCUCCAAGUUGUAUCCAAUACAAAAAAUCAUUCGAUUCUACUUUAACAAAAUUCUACAAUAGGGUAAAUUUUUGUUGAUUUAUAAAAAUGGAGGCUGUGUUACCACAGUAUAUUCUGAUUGAUUUAAUUGGGCUUCGAAAACGUAGACGACAGGGUUUCAAAGGAUUAACUCGUAGAAGGUGGAGAACGAAGGACAAUGAUCGAUCAUUCGCACGGGAUCGAUCCGGGAUUCCCGGUUCGCGGAGAACGUUCCAACUUCCAGCGCGACGAUGACGACGAUGAUUCCUCGGUGUACGCUAAUAAGUGCCGUUAGAUCCGACCGCAGAGCUGGAGAGGCGCGGAACGACCUCGGGCAAAGAGACGGGUCGCGUUUUAGAUUCGGUGCAAUAAAGAACUGCGCGCGUGUAUAAUUUAAGACGAAGCUCCCUCAGUUCCUAAAUUGCGCGCAGAGCGCGAGCGAAUUACGAAAAGAGCGUAAAACGACGCAGCUGGACGAAAGUGUUGCUCGCGUGUGCCGUUGAAUGUCCACGGAACCGUUAUCCUGCGAGUUUAUUUCCCCGUUCGAAGGUUCCGGCGAGGGCAAAACAGGGGGGGAAGAAAAAGAGGAACGAAAAAGAGACGAAAGGUUGUCGACAAACGUCUCCAACGGUCCGCAAUUUUCUGUCGUUGACGAAUCAAACGACGCCUGAGGACGCGUUCGCUUCGUUCGGCUUCGUCACGCUUUCGUCGGGUCGUUGAACAGAGACGGGCGAAAUUUUACUCGAAGAUGAGCGAACAGAAACACGGGCUACGGUGGAACGUCGAUCGAUAAAAAUAUUACUAUUGGAAAUGGUUGGUUGUCUGAGAAAACUACCGAAAUGUGUGUUUUUCUUUAAUCGUUACCGAAUUUCGUAGGACAAAUUUUUGUGCUUUUCGAGUGCUCGAUCUUUCCACUCGAAAAUAAUUUCCACCGUACGCGACAUCUGUUCGAUCGGUUUUUGAUUCCACAUUUUGAAAUUUUUGUCCAGAGAAUUUUGUCCGUCCCGUGAUCCCGGAAGACUCGACCCUUUGCAUUCGUAGGACUCUGAAAAUUAGAGCGUGUCCUCACAAAAUUUGUGAACUCGAUUUAAGCUUUGUUCGAACGAGCAUCGAGCGGAGUGCAAAGGGUUAACGCGAUGAGCGAACGCGGAACAAGCGAACGCGCUGUUUCGAAGAGGCGACAAAAAAAUAAAUGAAAAUGAAAAAAUAUGGAGAGAAAGAGUCCGUAGAGUUUACUAGCGUUACUAGUCUCGGUGCAAGCCACGGGGAUCGAUCCGAGAGCACCGUGGACAGGGCGAUCGUACCCCCGAACGCGUGUACAUAUUGCACCGGGCCCCCUCCUCCUCCCCACUCUCCCCCAAAUCCCACCCUUAGCACGUAAGCCGUAAAUGAAAAAAUUUGUGUAAAAUACGAUAUUGUGAUAAGAGUGUAAAGAAAUGGGAACGAAAGAGAGCGAGAGAAAGAGCGCGAAAGAGAGCGAGAGAGAGAGAGAGAGAGAGAGAGAAGCCAGAAAUCGUCUAUAUACAUAUAGGUUAACAACACGGCAGAUCCCAAUUUAUCAAUUUUAUCGAGUACCCUUGUACGAAUAUAGAUAUUACGAGGAC